GCACAUCCUUUUCCUUCUCUCCCAUCCCUUCUUUUCUCAUCGGACUCUCAUUUCUCUCUCUUAAUUUGUGUGUUGCAGAGAUGCUGGUCAUUGGAAUAAGAUGUUAUUGGAGACUCUGGUGCUUAGGAGUCGCGGAUGCAGUGCAAUUUUUGGUGGGUGUUCUCUCUCAAUCUUGCUCUGGCUGGAGAAUCGGCCCCGCACCAUCUUCGAAUCUCCGCUUCGUCGAAAAUGGAUCCUCACAACCGGCGGGUGAUCGACGAUUCCCUGGUCGCUGACAAUUACCUCGCCUCCGAGAUGAGAGCGAAAGCAUCUCCGAAUCUUCUCUUUGUCGAUGAAGGACGCUCAAAAUCGCGGGGUAUCGACGAUUCCCUGGCGUUUCGCAACUACCUCGGCUCCGAGAAAGAGAGAGAGAGAGAGAGAGAGAGAUGAGAGUCGCGGAUGCAGUGCAAUUUUUGGUGGGUGUUCUCUCUCAAUCUUGCUCAGGACCAGACAAAGCACUAACGUUGGAGUUGUUAACCGAUUCAGAGGCGGCAACAAUAGCUCUUCUAUGAUGGUUGUGGUCUCUCUUCCCUUUGCUCUGGUGUUUCUUAUCUCUUUGCCUCGGAGAUGGACUGGGUUUGGUGUGAUCAAUGCCCAAAUUUUACAGUAAUGGGAAAGUUUUGUAGAGACCCAGGUCUGCGAGGGCUCUUGAGAUUGAUUUGUCGGAAGAUUAUUGACGCUCGCAGGGACACUUUCUUGCGUCAGGUGCUUUUUAGAUGAUUCGCUGGGAGGGUUCUGGGUGGCCCGAGUUGUCGUGAGGAUCCAGCUUACAGUUCUCUGCCUGCGCCAUCACUGCUUUGUGGAUUCGGGUUUUGGUUUAAGGUGAUUGUUGUAGCUCUUUCAACUGGGUUUGUUUUCUGUUUAUGAUUCGUUGUUUGAUUCUCCCAAAACUUUUCUCCGCUUAAAGUUCUAAUCAAGUUGUUUCUCUCCCAUUCUCACCUGCGAGCAUCGGAAUCGGAGAGGAGAGGAAAUUCAAAAGAUGGCUCAAGCUUUUCCAAAAAAAAAGAGAGUUGAUCGGCGUGUAAGCAGCUGAACUCCUCUCCUAAAAAAACCCAAUGUUGGAGCAAGAUUGGAGUGAGGUCCACGUCAGCGGUGGUAAGGUCAACUCCAUAUUGGAAGAUGAAUGGAUGCACGGCGGCGCGGAUUCAGUGAGGAAUGCCUCAACAGAGUAUAUCUUUCUCAUUUGAUUCAUGUUUUGGAGUGUGCUAAAUCAAAGGCACUUUAUCAAAAUAUGAUAAAUCUCAUGUGGUGCUUCCUGACGAUAAAGCAAGUUCAUAUAGUCAUAUAAACUCGAAAUUACUAUUC